AUGCAUGAACGUUUCAAUUCCGGAAACUCAAAAAAUGUGUACAGCAUUGGUGAUGAAUCGUGGAUUUACUGUUAUGAACCAGAAAAUAAUCGACAGUCGGCUGUUUGGGUGUUCCAAGGUGACGAAAAGCCAACAAAAGUCAUCCGUUCUAGAAGUGUUUCGAAAAAGAUGGUCGCGACAUUUGUGUCAAAAGCGGAUCAUAUUGCAACAAUUCCUCUUAAUGAGCAAAGCACUCAUCGAAAAAUCAACCCCGAAAGAAGAAUCAUCCUCCACCAAGACAAUGCAAGCUCGCACACAGCCCAAAAAACAAGGCAGUAUUUACCGGAAGAAAACGUGGAAUUAUUGGACCAUCCUCCAUAUAGUCCCGUUCUAAGUCGUAACGAUUUCUUUACUUUCCCGAAAAUUAAAAACAGACUGCGUGGUAAAAGGUUCCAGUCACCAGAAGAAGCAGUUGACGCAUUCAAAAAUUCCGUUUUGGAUCUGCCAGAAAACGAGUGGAAUAAGUGCUUCGAAAAUUGGUUCGAGCGCAUGCAGAUAUUUAUUAAUCUUCGUGGAGAAUACUUCGAAAAACAAUAA